AUGGGGCGGCGUGGAAAACUACCAUUGAAAUUGAAACCGAAGGAAAGAGCAAGGAGAAUAACAUUUGCAAAGAGAAGAAGUGGUCUAAUCAAGAAGGCUUACGAGUUAAGCACACUUUGUGAUGUUAAAGUUUGCUUAAUCGUGAACGACUACACCAACCAACCCUCGGAGCCUGUAGCCACAUGGCCUAAGAAUCCUCGUGAAGUUAGGGCCCUCAUCAAUGAUUACAUAACUGCCAUGACUCUAAAACCAGCCUCCAAAAGACUUCUUACCAUGGCAGAUUUCUUAAACGACCGUAUCCAGAAAGUCAAUGCAGAGACUGAGAAAGUGAGCCACACUCAAACCAUGACCACCACUACUACUAAGUCUAAGAGCAGCUAUCAGGAAAAGCUUGUCUUAGGAGAAAGUUACAUUGCUGAGCUCUCUGGGACUGGGACUGGGAACCAGCUUUCUGAGUUUGUUUCUGAUUUGGAUAACAAAAUUGAACAAGUGAAUGAGAGAAUGAAGCAUUUGAUUCAUGUCUACCAUUAUAAUCAUUUUGGUAUGCAAGAGCCAUUGAAUGGUAGUAGUAGUGGUAGUAGUAGUAGUACUAGUACUUAUGAUGUGCAACCUAGCUUUGCUCAAUAUUAUUCUCCUCAUGAUCCUCAUCAGGCCAUGGCUGCAGCUACUCAAAUGUACCAACAGCAGCAGCUUCAGUUUCCUUAUUAUAAUGAUAACAAACCCCAACCACUACUGCAGCAGCAGCAGCUGCCUUGGAUUCAUGAUCAGCCAAGCUCUUCUUCCUCAAAGGCUCUAGUUCCUUUCAAUCCCAGCUCCCAAACGGUGUCGUUUGAUGAUCAUUAUAACAAUGGCUCCUUUACAUGGCUGUUGACCUCUGAUGAUUAUGCAGCUGAUCAGUACUAUAGCUCUAGUAGUACUAAUGGUACUACUACUGCUCUUCUAGAAGGACAAGGUGAUAUGAACAUUAUGUUCAACAAUAAUAUUCCUCUUAUGUUGGAAUCUGGAGAAGCACUGCACCAAAAUGACCAGAAUGGAAUGAUGUUGUCUAACAAUCCUAUGGUGCUGCCUUAUGUGAACCAGUCAUUAUGUGGUAAUAAUAUUUUGUUCAACAAUAAUCUGUUUUUAAGUUGA